UCUCAUCCAAUCGCCAACUAAUCUAUCACUCAAUCACUCAAUCACUUGACAAAUACCACCAAAAUGUCACUCAAAGAUAUAUUGGACGCACUGUUCGGUGAUCACCAAAACAAACAUCCAUUCAAUGGUCACUUGAGUCCCCCUUUCAAUGAUGAGCCUAAAGACAAUCCAUUCAAUGAUAUUGACUCUCAAAUGAACCGUCAAUUUGUCGAAAUGUCUUCAUUUAUGACACAAAUGUUGAACCGAUUUUCAGUCAUCAAUGGACCCAAUGAGUGGCCAUCCAUUGAAAGCCAAGAGUCGAAGAAUGCCAGGGAUUUGAUGAUGAAGUCCAGUGAAGACAAGCCGGCAUUGGACACAGACUUGGAUCAGAGUGUGGGUCGCAAUGGUCUGGAUGUCAUACUAAACUCGUCCACUCGUGAGCGCCGCAGUCCUCCGCAGACCAACUCUUUGACCAGAGUUUAUGUCUACAGUUCUGUCAAUAAUAACGGAAGAAUCGAAGAGCAGAAGAGAUGUGAAGACGGCUUCGGAAACAGCGAGACGUCAAUCACUCGAAGAAUUGGCGAUAAGUUUGUCACUGAAGUCAUCAAAAGGGAUAAAAACAAUGAAAUUAUCGAAACCAAUGAAGUGAUCAACAAUUUGGAUCAGGAGGAUUUAAAUCAAUUCAAAGCAGAGUUCAAACGGAUGGAGAGUAUUGAUGGCAAUGAAGUGGAGGGUCAGCACCGGCUCGACAACUAUUCGCCGCCGAAUUCAUUCCUCAGACGUCUCUUUGAGUUUCCCUUCAGAUUGUAUUGAAUUUAUAUCACAUGUUAGCCUUUAUUUAACACUCAUUUCAUGAUUUGUUUUGUUUGCAAAUAUAUUCUUAAAUAUAUACUGUAUUCAUACUGUAGUCAAUUCUGUAC